CCGCCUCGCUCCUGGUGACGCGAAGGGGCGGGGAGCGCGUUCAUUGGUCGGCCGACGAAUCCCGGCCACUUCCGGCUGUGGCUAUGGUGACCGGGAUAGCCAGAAGCUGAGAGAUCGUGAGAAGGGGCAGGGGACGGAGAAAUUCCUGGGAAAGCAGCCCUAGAAGUGAGCGGCGCCUGCAGCUGUGCUGCAAAAACAGCUUCUUGGUCUGGCAAACAUCCUGUGGCUCUCCCCCGAGGAACCCUGGUCCACUUGACAUUAGUAGAUCUGAUGUAGAACGACUUCUGCUGUCAGAUUAUUAUGCUCUAGGAAGAACAUUCCCAGAGGGAAGCUCAUGGAUCUCACCUUCACAGCCAUUGUCCCACUGCUUCUCGGCAGCGUGGGGCUCUUCGCCCUCUUCAGGCUGCUGCAGCGAAUGAGGAUGCGAGCCUACCUCCAGGAUGCAGUAGUGGUGAUCACAGGAGCUACAUCUGGCCUGGGGAAAGAAUGUGCAAAAGCUUUCCAUGCAGCUGGUUCCAGACUAGUGCUUUGUGGCAGAAAUGGUGAGAGACUACAGGACCUGGUGCAGGAGCUCUCUGCCAAGGCCAAUCACGCAAAGAAUAUACACAAACCUUUCACUGUGAUCUUUGACCUCUCUGAUACUAAAAUGGUAGUAAGUGCUGCUGAAGAGAUCCUGAAGUGUGUGGGUCAUGUGGACAUACUGAUCAACAACGCAGGGAUCAGUUACCGAGGCACGAUAUUGGACACGGGGAUGGAUGUGGACAAAAAAGUGAUGGAAACCAACUACUUUGGUCCUAUAGCAUUCACAAAAGCUCUUCUGCCCUCCAUGAUCAAAAGACAACAAGGCCACAUUGUGGUGAUCAGCAGCAUUCAAGGCAAAAUAAGCAUUCCUUUCAGAUCAGCAUAUGCAGCCUCCAAGCAUGCCACCCAGGCCUUUUUUGACUGCCUGCGAGCGGAGAUGGAACAGUAUGAAAUCGAUGUGACUGUUGUGAGCCCUGGCUAUAUUCAGACAAAUCUGUCUGUCAAUGCUGUAACUGCAGAUGGAUCUCGCUAUGGAGUUAUGGACAAGAACACCAUUGAAGGCAGAACAGCUGCAGAGGUGGCUCAGGUGGUUCUUAAUGCAGUGGGGCAGAAGAAGAAGGAGGUGCUCGUAGCUGGCUUACUGCCAUCCCUGGCUGUUUACCUGCGAACUCUGUCCCCCAGACUCUUCUUCACCUUUAUGGCAUCUAGAGCAAGGAAGGAGAGGAAAGCAAAGGACUCUUAGUCAGAGCUCAGCUCCCCUGGGCAUUGACUAGGAAAAGGAAACGAACUCAGGCAUCUUGGCUUUGUCGAUGGAUGUGUUACUUCAAGAAACAAAUGUAAAAGGUUGCAUCUUACCAUUGUGUGCAGAGUUGAAAGUUCCAUGCAGAUCACGGGAGGCCCACGGUGCCAGAAAACAGUGCCUCACCGUCACCUAGAGGCGGCUUCCUCUACUACAGGCGAACUGCCUGAAGCUGCAGGGAUGAUAGCUGAGGAGAACCUUUCCCAUUCCCCCCACCCUCAUUUUGAGUUUUAUUGCUCUCCAGUGAGUAGGAACUAAAGCCAAGCACAGGCAGAUGGAUGUUCACUUUCCCCAUACAGUGCUCCCAGUGAACUUCAGUCCUCACCCAGGAGCUCUGCAGAGUCUGCUCCCAGUCUGAUCCAGCAGUUAUCCCUUGGGUUGGAAUGGUCUCCUGUGUCCCUAGUACACAGCAUCACUUGAUUUAAGCCAAAGUUAACUGUUCAGUGCUGCUUUUUAAACAGUUUAAAGUGCCCAGGUCCGGGCUAGGAAUGACACCAUGGAUAUCUGCACUGGAUGGAGCAGGAGUGACCCAUUAAGCCACCUAGCCUUCCGAUCAGUUUUUGUAUUAGCCUUUUUCUAAAGUAGCUCUAGAAAGACAAGCGCUCCACAGCAGUGUUCGGCUCCAGUGCACGUUGCUGCCAGGUAAGCACUGAACCCCCGUGAAAGGUGGUGGCGACGGCAGCAGCAGCAGCAGCGUGAACCUUUGACUGUAAAACACUCAGCAUUGUUCUGCUGUGUGCCUAGAGCAAGGAAUAAGCUGUGACCCCUUUGGUGCCAAGCAACAAGCCUUGUGAUGACAAGGGGUGGGAAGUGAACCUGUAGGUGCAGCUAAUGGAGACAGACCCAUAUGGUCUUACCUGUUUUAAAGCCAUUGUGUGUUAAUUGGGACCUAUUACCCCAAAAUACAGUGUGGAAGCAGUACCCUGCUAAACAACUUCAGCAUUGAGGCUCCAGGGAGAGGAAACUAUCCGUCUCUUCUCCCAUUUUCCCUGUGCCUAACAGAGCAUCUCCCUCACAGAGGGAGGCAGGACACUCAUCCCUUCUCCUGAACACUGGUUACUAGUGGGAAGGUUAGAAUCUGUACCCUAUAGCAGGGUGGUGUUGCUCAAUUUUCCACUUGUUUGAUAGGUCAGGCAGAAGGGGAGUGGACUCAUUCUUAGCUUCCUUAUUUUAAAAAAACCCUGAUCGCAGAAACCGAGUAAAAUCUGUCCAUACCAAAUCCCUGCACUCAGCUGCUAGCCCAUCCUGUGCUUAUUCUUAGUCUCCAUUUCUGCACACUUUACCACUCUUGCAUGUGUCCUGCCUGUAAGUGCACCUCAAAUGAUGGAAAUAAAAGUUGUACUCUGUGUCCCCUCA